UACUUGUCGUAUUGUUCUCUCAAAAAUCAAAAUUAAAAGUCAAAACAAUUUCAAUUCAAACGAGAUUCCCUCUCUGUGUAUUCUGCCAGAACCCUAACUAACCAUGGCAACUGCAGUUACGCCGGCGUCGCUCGGCCGAGAGCUGUCGGAUCCUCCGUCCGACGGAAUCUCCAACCUCCGCUUUUCCAACCACAGCGAUCUCCUCCUCGUCUCCUCUUGGGAUAAGAGCGUGCGCUUGUACGAUGCCAGCGCCAAUGUGCUCAAGGCUGAGUUCAUGCACGGCGGCCCCGUACUCGAUUGCUGCUUCCACGAUGACUCUUCCGGUUUCAGCGCUGCCGGCGACAACACCGUCAGGCGCCUCCUCUUCGCCUCUAACAAGGACGACAUCCUCGGAAAGCACGACGCUCCUGUUCGUUGUGUUGAGUACUCCUACGCCGCAGGGCAAUUGAUCACUGGUAGUUGGGAUAAAACCCUGAAGUGCUGGGACCCUAGGGGUGCAAGUGGACAGGAGCGCACUCUGGUUGGGACAUAUCCACAACCUGAGCGCGUUUACUCCCUAUCUCUUGUUGGACAUCGGCUAGUUGUAGCAACGGCUGGAAGGCAUGUCAAUAUUUAUGAUUUGAGGAACAUGUCUCAACCCGAGCAACGGAGAGAAUCUUCAUUGAAAUAUCAAACUAGAUGUGUGCGCUGCUACCCUAAUGGAACAGGAUAUGCACUUAGUUCUGUGGAAGGACGGGUUGCAAUGGAAUUCUUUGACCUCUCCGAUGCUAGCCAAGCAAAAAAAUAUGCCUUUAAGUGCCACCGAAAAUCAGAAGCUGGAAGGGACAUCGUCUAUCCUGUAAAUGCUAUUGCAUUCCAUCCCGUAUAUGGUACGUUUGCCACAGGAGGCUGUGAUGGUUAUGUUAAUGUUUGGGAUGGAAACAACAAGAAGAGGCUAUACCAGUACUCAAAGUAUCCAACAAGCAUUGCUGCACUUUCAUUUAGCAGAGAUGGGCGGCUCCUGGCUGUUGCAUCAAGUUAUACAUACGAAGAGGGGCUUAAACCCCAUGAUAAAGAUGCCAUAUACAUCCGUGGCGUAAACGAGAUUGAGGUCAAGCCAAAACCCAAGGUCCUUCCUCCAGCUUGAUCGCAGAUGAUGACCCAGAUUGCAAGUAGAUUCCAUAUGCUUGUCAACUAAUGUGUGCAUAUGUUCACGUCUCUCUCGUGGACACCUAGAACAAAGCUAUAUAUAAGCUCAUUUUGUUUAGUAGUUUUAUUUCUAAGUACGAUCUGUUGUUGGAAAUGUUCUCUUUUCUACUAUUGUUUGUCCAGAUUACCUUCUUUUGUUAAGGUAGUUAUGUUGUAAAGUAAUUUGACUUGAAACUGAUAACCAGUUAUUACCAAUGUUAUGCCCCCCAUUUUCAACUCA